CUGAGUAUAACAUAAAGUAGAGACUUACUUUACAGGCGAAGAAUUGCAGGAACCACACCGAUAUCAAUGCUCUUGCUAAAUGGAAAUCACAGCAGCCAGAGCCCCAUCACUCCUCCACAUGAAUAUCCAAUUGAAAAACCUCAACAAUUUCAAUGCUAACCAUAAAACCCAAAUCCAGUUGCCCCUUCACAGACCUAAAUAUAAACUACCCUUUAAACCCGUAAGAAUCAAGCCGGCCAAGAAGCCCGUCACCACCACCUCCGACAUUUUGCGAUUGAUGGACGGCCUUAAAUUGCCUAUACCAAUAGAUAUUUACACUUCACUCAUGGAAGAAUGUACAGAAUCUGGUGACCCUUUCAAAGCUAUUGAAUUGCACGAGCAUAUUAGAACAAGUGGGAUUCAUCCGAGCUUACCUGUGAUUAACAGGAUUCUAUUGAUGUAUGUAUCUAGUGGCUGUUUGGAACAUGCACGCAAGGUGUUUGAUGAAAUGACAGUGCGAGACUUUAACUCUUGGGCAAUUCUGAUUGCUGGUUGUGUUCAGAAUGGAGAGUUUAAUGAAGCCACGGAAUUGUUUGUUAAAAUGCUGAGCGAUAAAGAAUUAGAGAACGCGGGUGCUGAUCAGAUGGGAUUUUCGGUUCCGGGAAUUCUCAUGUGUGUGCUUAGAGCUUGUGUGUGUACAGUUGACUUUGAACUCGGGAGGCAAGUUCAUGGUUGGUUGUGGAAAGUUGGGUUUUCGAAAAACGAUGCUUUGAGCAGUUUCUUGAUUAGUUUCUAUGGGAAGCUGAAGCAUUAUGAGGGUGCUGAAAGAGUUUUCCAGCAAGUUAAGUGUCGGGAUACAGCUGUGUGGACGUCUAGGAUUGUGAAUUGCUGCAACGACGACAACUUUGUGGGCGUAGCUAAUGUGUUUAAGGAGAUGGGAGAGGAGGGAGUAAAGAAGAACGAGUACACAUUUUCGAUUGUUCUUAAGGCCUGCAGGAGGAUGGGUGCUAUUAGGUACGGUCGACAAGUCCAUGCGAAUGCAAUGAAACUAGGACUAGAUUCCGACAGCUUUGUGCAGUGUGCAUUGGUGGAUUUGUAUGGAAAAUGCGGUGCCCUGAGCGACGCAACAAGGGCGUUCGAGUUUGGUCGUAGUAAGAGGAAUAGUGCAUGUUACAAUGCAAUGUUGGCGAACUAUAUGCAGCAUGGCCUCUGUGUCAAGGCGGUUAGAACUCUUUAUGAAAUGAGGACUGCCGGCUUGAAACCUCGUGAAGCAAUGCUCGAUCGAGUGGAGUUAGUUUGUGGGAGAGAUACUGUGUAUCAGAUGAAUAAACAGAGCAUUGAACUUGACCAAAUUCAUCUUUGA